AUGCGAAAGGAAUACCCCGAGGAGGUGGGCGUGACUGAAGACAACAAUUUUCCUCAAUCACAGUCCGAGCCAAUAGCAUUGACAACACGAAAGUGCCUCUCCCGUCUAAGUACAAGUGAGCGAAGUGUUAUUGAGCGUAUCUACUCCCGCAAGCAACACCGGCCAAUGCUUGACAUACUGGCUCAAGUGCUUCAACAUCACAGCUUGCAGCCCGGGUUCACGGUGGGGAAUAUGAAUAGACUGCUCCGUAUGAAAUCUCCUGAUGAGCUUGCUCACUACCUUCGACAUAUAUUAGAUACAUGGACAUAUAUUAUGGGGGCUGGCAACAUAGGAGACUUGGAUCCCAACUCGGUGGAACUGCUGCAAGGUCGGUCACCGGUGUGGUCCACUAAUGACCAUGAGUACAUCUCUCGGUUACUCAGAUCCGGUUCCCUAAUGCCACGGGUGACAAACAAGGAGAGACGUAAAGCACUCGGACGUCGACUUUUAUCUAUCCGAAGGAUAAUACCCUCGAUGUACACCUUCAUGGAAGACACAAAGCUAAUUCCGGAUGGCCCGAGAGACACAAUCCGGACAUCUCUCUGGCAUCAAUUUCGCCCACGGCGACGGUCCCGACAUAGUAACCACUCAGGCUUUCUGCAGGCAUAUCGGCGUCUUUGGUUGUAUACAAUGCAGUAUUUUCCCGUCUUAGUCGGGACAAUGCCAUUGCUCGACCACCGAGGUGCAGAGAGAAGCAUCUACCGGUCCCAGGAGGAAUCGCAACGACGCUGGGUCACCUUCUCCCGCCUUGCCAUCUCAUUAGGCUUUGAUUCUCCCCAAAUCCGUGGUCUACUACAUCUAGGCGUCGCGGCGACCUCAGAACCACACACCCAAUCCGUUUCAGAAACGCCGUGUAUGACCCAACCAGAGAUAGGUCAUUGGAAGAUGCACAGUCGAUGCGGGAUGCCUUCUGAAUCAUCCUUUCUAUCUAGCCGCCGGUUUUUGACUUUAGAUGGUGUGGAUAGAGAGGUGGAUUACAAUAGGGGCAAUUCUACUCACCAGCCACUAUUGCUCACAUCACCGCUUACUAGCCCACCGCCAGGCACAGCGUACAGCGCUUCAGUCUACGAGACCACUACAGCGCUAUCCAGCAGAAGACAGUCACCAGCGCCAUUGACCACGAUGGUUGAGAUGACACAAUAUAGAAAUUUGAACCCGUUCAAUUACUCCUCAGAUUCAAGUACUAAAUCUCUUUCAAGUACCCGUUCCUUAAAUAUGUCCUUAGAAUAUGAACAGCCAGCACUAGGGCUAGGCCUACUUGGUAAAAAGACAAUUCAGGAACCACAGGACUUCGAGGCACCUUUAAAAACACUAUCUGGUGAUAAGGGCAUUCUAUAUGAGAUUGGUAACCCUGCUACCGUCUUCUAUUUGCCACUUGCACGUGUGGAUCGUUUAUUCGCCCAGUAUUCCCAAAGUCAUCAGAGUCAUCGAUAUGCAAUUCUUAUACAGGGUGAAUUAUGUCCUGUUCACCCAACAGCAGUGCCGACUCACUUAAGAUCUACUGUCGUGAUAACUGGGCCUAACCUGACUUAA